AUGUCACUCCUCUACCUGAGAGAGAUCUGCCGCAAGAUGAGGAGCAUCAAACAGACAGAGCUGGAGCCCUUGGUGAGACGAGCCAAUCAGAUUAAAACAGAAGUCACACAGCAAGUGUUGAAGAUGCUGGCUGACUUCCACAAUCAGGCCUCACUUCCGACAGGUGUGCUGACCGCUGUGCCCACCUACUCUUCCUUCAAAAUGAUGUUGCAAACGCUCGGUGCAGCCGUUGUUCCCUACUACCUAGAUGAGGAGCAGGGUUGGGCAAUGGAGGUGGAGGAGCUACGCAGAGCACUACAGGCCUCUAAGGGUGUCUGCAACACAGUUGCCCUGUAUGUCAUCAACCCGGGGAAUCCUACAGGUCAUGUUCAGAGCAGGAAGUGUAUUGAAGAGGUGAUCCGAUUCGCUGCUGAGGAGAGGCUCUUCCUCAUGGCUGAUGAGGUGUAUCAGGAAAGUUUGUUCGGGGAGGGCAGUGAGUUUGUCUCCUAUAAGAAGGUUCUAUCUGAGAUGGGGCCUCCUCUCUCUCACACAGUGGAGCUGGCCUCUUUCCACUCAGCAUCCAAAGGCUUCAUGGGAGAGUGUGGGCUACGCGGGGGGUACGUGGAGCUGGUGAACCUUGACCCCGCCGUCAUGAGGUACGCCUACACCAUCUUCUCCACUGACAUCUGUGCCCCUGUGACUGGUCAGCUAGCCCUGGAGCUCAUGGCUAACCCUCCCAGGCCAGGGGACCCCUCAUACCCGGUCUACGCCCAGGAGACCCAGGCUAUCCAGGCCAUGCUGGUCCAUAACAUGAACUGGGUCCCAGAGGUUCUGAACAAUAUCCCAGGGAUCAGCUGUCAGCCGAUGAUGGGAGGAGCUUUCGUAUUCCCCAGGCUGUAUCUACCCCAAGCAGCCAUCGAGAAGGCCAAGGUGGUGGGGAUGCAGCCUGACCUGUGGUACUGUAAACGGUUACUAGAGGAGGCAGGAGUGUGUGUGCGACCGGGGUGUGAGUAUGGACAGACGGAAGGCACUCACCACAUCAGACUGUGUGUCAUGACCCCAGUGGAGACCAUGGAAGAGGUACUGAAACGCCUGAAGAACUUCCACCUGCACUUCCUCAAGGAGUUCUCCUGAWAACUGGCUUCACCUUACAGUCCAAUGAUGAAUAAUACAUUUAACUUCAGACACAAUCACAGUACAGAGAAGAAAAUUGCAACCAGUAACAUUGUUUAACAUCUUUAUCAUUCAACAGACCAUAAUUAAAUAAAAAAAAUAAUGGUUAACAAUACA